AUGUCGGGGGUGUUACAAUUACUACUAGACUAUUACAGAUCCGUAUUGGAAUCAGAUCGCAUAUAUCAUGAAGGUAUCUUAAAAUAUCAACAGCAAUCAAAUGGUGAUAAUGUCACUGGGGCUCUUAAUGGAGAGGAGGUGGAUAAGGAUGAUGCUAGUAAGAGUGUUAGUGUGGCUCCAAAAAUUGCUAAUGAAACUUUGUUAUUACAACGUCAAUUAACUGAUUUAACUUCACAAUUACAAGAUCUUAAGAGGAAAAAUGAAGCAUUACAAGAACAACAGAAGAGUUAUAGAGCCUUGAAUGAAUCGAAGAUUGCUAAAUUUAAAAGAACCAUCGAUUCUUUGAAAAGGAAAAAUGAAAGACAUAGUAGUGAAAUUGAUGAUCAUGAUGAUCAAAUUAAUGAAGAUGAUUCAAAAAAAUUCGAUUAUCAUUUAUUAUCACCUGUAGCGAAAAGAGGUUUAAAAAGAGGACUUAAGAUUAGUAACGGCAAAGGAAAAGGAAGAAAAGGUACAAUUUUUGAUUCUAAGAAAGAGACAUUUACAGAUGAUGAAAGCAGUGAGAAUAGUAUUGAUAGCCCCACAGUUAAAAGGUUAACUAAACAACCUCGUAUGGAACAUGAAGAAUCGUUUCUCAAAUCGUUUGAACCACAACCUUCGAAUAAUAGUAAUAAGAAGAAGAAUAAACAACUUGAUGGGUUUGAUAUACCAAGUUUGAAUGAUUUUUCAAGGGAUGAAGAUGAAGAUGAAGACCAAGAUGAAAGUCAUGGAAAUAAUGAAGAUUUAACCACAAAGAAUUAUCACCAUAAGAAACAAAAACCUUUGAAAAAGAGAAAACUUACAAAGAAAAAAAUUGAAAAAAUUGGUGACAAUGAUGCAGGUGAAGAUUCAAUGAAUAAGGACUCUCUUGGAUAG